AAACAGACAUCGGGAUCAACUAAAAUAGGCAACAUGAAAGAAGCUGAGAAGCCACAUGCAGGGGACAAAUUCUGCUGCAUUUCCAGGCUGAAGGUAUUUCUGCUGGCACUAUCACUUGCAUUUAUUGGUAAAACGAUGUCUGGUGCUUACAUGAACAGCAUGUACACACAGAUAGAGAAACAAUUUAAUAUUCCGGCUUCUUUAGUGGGGAUCAUUAAUGGAAGCUUUGAAAUUGGCAACUUGCUGCUGAUAGCGUUUGUGAGUUACUUUGGAGCAAAGCUUCACAGACCCAGAAUAAUUGCUUUGGGCUGUACAAUUCUGUCAUUUGGAUGUCUUUUGAUAUCACUUCCUCAUUUCCUAUUUGGAAGGUAUCAUAUUGAAAGCAGUAUUUCACAACGGGAAAAUUUUUCAGUCAUGCCUCUGUGCCUUGUUAAUCAAAGCUUGUUCUCUUUACCUACAGAGGAACCAUCAACAGAAUGUGAAAAAGAGCCUGGGUCCUUGCUGUGGAUAUUUGUGAUGGUUGGAAACAUAGUACGAGGAAUGGGUGAAACUCCCAUCAUGCCUUUAGGCAUUUCAUAUUUGGAGGAUUUUGCCAAAGCAGAGAAUUCACCUUUCUACCUCGGAUGCCUACAUACAGCAACUGUAAUCGGCCCCUUCCUUGGUUUCUUGUUGGCAUCAUCCUGUGCAGAACUGUUUGUUGAUCUGGGAUCAGUAGAUGCAGAGGACAUAACUAUAACAGCUACUGAUGCCCGCUGGGUUGGAGCAUGGUGGCUAGGCAUUUUGAUUUGUGCAUCAUUGAAUCUUCUUGCGGGAAUACCUUUUUGGUUUUUGCCCAAGUCACUUGUGAAGGAAGGAGAAACCAAUGAACCGGAGGAGAUGAGUAAAAAAAUUGUAGUACCAUUGCAAGAAAAUGGUAAAAGUGAAGCCAAACAGACCAUGUAUGAAAUUGCUAAAGAUUUCAUCCCAUUCCUCAAGGCUCUGUUUCGCAACCCAGUUUAUAUGUUAUUUAUAUGCAUAACUGUGUUACAGUUCAGUGCCUUCAACGGCAUGAUAUCCUUCAUGCCCAAAUAUCUGGAACAGCAGUUUGGAAAAUCUGCAUCAGAUGCCAUCUUUUUAAUUGGUGUUUACAACUUACCAGUUAUAUGCAUUGGGUAUUUUUUUGGAGGCUUAUUCAUGAAGAAAUUCAAGAUAAAUGUCUAUCAGGCUGCGAACAUAGCAUUUUGGGUAUCUUUACUGGAAUACCUGCUCUACUUUGCUGCCUAUUGGACUGUCUGUGAUACUUCACCGGUUGCUGGCCUAACAGUUUCCUACGAAGGAAUACAGCAAGUUUCAUAUGCUGAAAAUACUCUACUUGCUGGCUGCAACAGGGAUUGUGAUUGCCCACUUAAAAUAUGGGACCCUGUUUGUGGGAACAAUGGAAUCACUUAUGUGUCACCUUGUCUUGCUGCGUGUAAAGCCUCGAGAGGAACUGGAAAAAGUGUGGUAUUUGAAAACUGCACCUGUGUUGCAGCCUCAGGGUUUUCAUCUCAAAAUGUCUCUGCAAUUCUGGGCCAGUGUGAUGGAGAAGAAAACUGUGACAAGAUGCUUCAUUAUUUUUUAAUAUUGUCAUUAGUCUGCAGCUUCAUUUUUUCCUUAGCAGCCAUGCCUGGGUACAUGGUCUUAAUAAGGUCUCUAAAGCCUGAAGAAAAGUCAUUUGGAGUGGGUAUCCAUGGACUAGCUUCAAGAGUAUUUGCUGGAAUUCCAUCUCCCAUUUAUUUUGGAGCUUUGAUAGAUACCACUUGCUUGAAGUGGGGUACUAUGACUUGUGGUGGAGAAGGAGCAUGUAGGAUGUACGACAUUGUCACAUAUAGGUGGCUCUAUCUUGGCCUGCCAGCAAUAUUACGUGGAGUGUCCUAUAUCCCAAGUGCACUAAUUCUCCUUAUUUUAAAGAAGAAACUUAAAUCUGAAAGCCAAGUCUUACUAAAUACACCAGUAGAAAUGCAGGAUAAAGAACCAGAAGCAUUGAAAUAG